AGGUUAAUUUAAAAGUGAACAACCCCUUUCAAGGUUCUGCCACUAAUUCUACUUUGUAUCUUUGUGCAGCAGAAGAAACAUAAGAGACCUUCAGUGAUUGGUCCUUUUGUAUUUGUGAUGCUGAUGCUGAUUGGGCUACUCCCUUGUUGUGAGACCACAUCAGCUGUGAAACGCAUCACAUUAUUCAGGCACAAAAUCGCACUUAAGGCUGGUACUCGGAGUCUACUUCCCUGCACGUUCUACUCCGACAGUGCAGUUAAUCCAGCCGAACUUGAAUUAGAAUGGGAGAAGGUUCCUGUAGGUGGGGGGAAGUACACCCCUUUAAUCCACCUUUACAGCAACAGUGUUGAGACCUACCAUGAGAACAGUGAGAAAUACCAGCUCUUUGUCUCUCUGGUGUCUAGUGGGAACUGUACUCUGAUUAUCAAUCCCACAGAAGACACGGACAGUGGAAUAUAUGAAUUCUGGAUGUCGGUGAAUGAGGAACUGUAUGAACCCUCUUCCAAGAUCAAAGUUGACAUUUUGGAUGAAAAGAAAACUUCUUCUCAAUCAUGGGCAUUUUGGUCCAAGAAAACUACAACCGCUCCAACCACUACAACUACUAGAACAACUCCAACUACUAGAACUACUACAGCCAUUACAACUAGUAGAACUACUGUAAGAACCAGCACAAAGCCGCCAGCUACAGACAGCAGUGAUAACGCCAUGAGCGCGGUACCUGUAGCGCUGCUCAUUGUCCUACCAGCGCUUGUGCCAGCCAUAGUCAUUUUAGGACUUGUAAGUUAUCUGUAUUGCAAACUGAAGUUUAAACGUGAAUCUGUGACUGUAGAAAACCCACAAGUGAGCACCCCAGCAACAGAGUCUCAGAGUGCAACAACUCUUGAAGCUGAGGAGGAAAUUGAUGAAGAGGAAACUAGUGAAGAAGAGGACACUAGUGAAGAAGAGGAAACUAGUGAAGAAGAGGAAACUAGUGAAGAAGAGGAAACCACUAAAGAAAAGGAAACUAAUGACAAAGCCACUAAUACAAUGCCGCCAGCUACAAACAGCAGUGAUACCACCAUGAGCGAGGUACCUGUAGUGCUGAUGGUUGUUGUACCAGUUUGUGUGCCAGCCAUAGUCAUUUUAGGACUUGUAAGUGCAACAACUCUUGAAGCUGAGGAGGAAAUUGAUGAAGAGAAAACUAGUAAAGAAGAGGAAACUAAUGAGGAUGGCAAUGAAAAGUAAUCUCUUAAAGAGAAGCCAAGUGAAAACAAUGAAAAAGAAUAUAAAUCGUUGUCUCCAGAACCAGGAGUGGAA